UAUUUGUGGUUCCAGAUGAACCUCAUAGCAAAGGCCCAGAGCUCGCCAGCAUCGCCGAUGGACAUCUUAACAGAUGGGCUGGAAUCGGACCCUGUACUGUACACGGCUGCCGUGAAUGUCGCGGCAGUCCUUAAGGAGAACCCCGCAGACGGUGAAAAAAUUAAACCGCUUUACGACGCCCUGGUGAAGCGCGCCAACCCUGUGGCCGCCGGGGGCACAUUGACGAGAAAGCAAACCUGCAAGCUCGAAAACGCCACGGCGCUGCGCAACCUCCUGAUCAAGGCUGUUGUCUACGCGGGCCUGAGAACCGAAUACCUCCAGCAGCAGGUGGCUGUCAGACUCCGGAGGAACAGCAAGAAGCAGAUGCCAUCGAGCACCCUGAGUCCUGCGGAGGUCUUGGAACUACUGGGAAUCCUGCCGCCCUCGAAGGAGAAUGGAGUUCUCAAGCAAAUGGAAUUGCCGCAGAGAAGGAUGACCAGGAGCCAGCGUUGCACUUUUUGAGUGUUGAUCUCUGGUCAUUGUUUUCUAGUAUUUAUGAAUAAAAUGCCCGGCUAGCACGGUAGAUGCUUCAAA